AUGAACAAUACUCUCCGAUCGCCUGGCUCCUGCCUUCAGCCGUCCCGUUCCUCCCCUGAAACCGCAAGGUCCGAGAUCAUCUGUCGACAUCGUGCUCCCGCCAAAGCACGACAGGCAAGACUCGGCUCCAGUCCAUCAAAACGAGAUGACAGGCCGAAGGAUGACAGAGUGGCGAAAACCACGGCCAAGGAUGUUGCAGAACUGAAGGAUUACCAACUGGGUGAUUGUUUGGGUAAAGGCGCAUUCGGAUCAGUCUACAGGGCACUGAACUGGAAUACUGGGGAAACUGUUGCCGUAAAACAGAUAAAGUUGGCCGACCUCCCAAAGAGUGAAUUACGUGUCAUUAUGCUGGAAAUUGAUCUUCUGAAGAAUUUGGAUCACUCAAACAUCGUGAAGUACCAUGGAUUUGUAAAAUCCGCUGAAACUCUAAACAUCAUACUAGAAUACUGUGAAAAUGGCUCCUUACAUUCAAUCGCAAAGAAUUUUGGCCGUUUCCCAGAAAACCUGGUUGGGCUAUAUAUGUCGCAGGUCCUCCACGGUCUCUUAUAUCUCCAUGAGCAAGGUGUCAUACAUAGAGAUAUCAAAGGCGCGAAUAUUCUUACAACUAAGCAAGGCCUUGUCAAACUUGCGGACUUCGGUGUUGCUAGCCGUACUACUGGGCUCAAUGAGUCAAGUGUUGUUGGCACGCCGUAUUGGAUGGCCCCAGAAGUGAUUGAACUGUCAGGUGCGACAACAGCUUCAGAUAUCUGGAGUCUUGGUUGUACUGUGAUUGAGCUGCUGGAAGGGAAACCCCCCUAUUACAAUCUCCAGCCAAUGCCGGCUCUUUUCCGCAUUGUCAAUGAUGAUCAUCCUCCCCUUCCACAAGGCGCCUCUCCGGCUGUCAAGGAUUUCUUAAUGCAGUGUUUCCAGAAAGACCCAAACCUCCGCGUUUCUGCGAAGAAGCUUCUAAAACACCCCUGGAUUGUCAACGCCCGCAGAUCUGAUUCGGUUGUUCCCAAAAAGUCAACCGAGUAUGAGGAGGCAGUCAAAAGUGUCCAAGAGUGGAACGAAGCCCUGCGUUCACCCGAAGCAGGAACUUUGCGAAGGCCAUUAAGGCAUGAUUACCAAGGUUCAGCCCCUCUAACAUCGUCCCGCAAUACGCCCACGAAGGCGUCUCCGAUUUCCAGAAAUGUGGCAGAUCGGUUCAGGUCGCCCGAUUCCAUCGAAGAAGACAAUUGGGAUGAUGAUUUCGCUACUGCAAUUUCCCCUAGUGCAUUGCAACUACCUCACCUUCGCCCACAGGAUAACUUCGGAGGAAUGCUCUCCUCUGAAAAGCUCAAGGCUUUUGCGUCUUUGGAUGGGACAGUCCUAAGGCCUGAAGAAAAUUUUGACGAUUUCGAUGAUUCUUUUCGAACCUCGCUGCAGUCUGGAGACUCAGAUCCCCUGGAAACCAUACGACCUUUCUCAACCAAACAUGUUGGCAUCGAAGAUACACAGCCGCAAAGCCAACCACGCUACCCGAUCAAUAACAACGCCAUCGCCAUGCAUAACGUGCCCAUCCUGACACAGAACCCGGUACCUCCAAUGAGACAACCCCGUCCAGCUUCUUACUACAAGGAGAACUCUGUAGAGGAUUACUCCGAUCUUAUACAGGCGAACGAAGAUGUCCUAGACCGGAAGCUUGGCCUUUUUCAGGAAGCCGAUGACGACAUGGAUGGGCUAGUAUUUUCGCCCACGAACGCAGUAGUCCGAUAUCAACCUUCCCUUGAAGAUGAGAAUGACCCCCAACCUCAGCUUAGGAAAAGGAUAUCUGUUAAACGCCAUCGAUCAGCCAUAGAGAUACAAAGGUUCGCUGAAAAUGAAAGAGACGAAGAUUUCUCUGAUAUUCUUGGUGCGGAUCAAGUAACUCUGGACAAGUCUGAGAGCGAGGGAAGCUCUGACCAAGGCACAUUGAUGCUGAACUCUAAGCUGUCAAACGAUUCUUGGCUUGGGGACCAGGAUGACGAGGAUGAUCCGUUUGCUCAACUUGAGGAAGGGUUAGACGAAGUAGACCUGGAAGCGAAUAUUGCACGCGACAAACAUGCACGGCUCCGUGGUCAAGUCGAGGGUCUUGUUAGCUCAUUAAAGACCUCACAGGAUGAGGACGUGCUUGGCGAGAUCUCCGAACAACUGCUGAACGUUUUCUAUGAUCUCCCGGAGACUAAAAACAUCAUCAUCAGCGCACAUGGGAUGCUGCCAAUACUUGAAAUUCUUGACAUGUGCCGUCGGCGUGACAUCAUCUUAUGCCUAUUGAGAAUCGUUAACGAGAUCAUCUACAAUGAUUAUGAGAUACAAGAAAACCUUUGUUUCGUUGGAGGUAUUCCUAUCAUUAACGAGUUCGCCUCGAAAAAAUACCCACGAGAGAUCCGACUUGAAGCAGCAACCUUUGUACAGCAGAUGUAUCAAACUUCCACUCUCACUUUGCAAAUGUUCGUCAGUGCAGGAGGACUGAAUGUUCUAGUCGAGUUCCUGGAAGAUGAUUACGAAGAUGAGCGUGAUCUAGUAUUAAUUGGGGUGACCGGUAUCUGGAGCGUUUUUGAGCUGCAGGGUUCAACUCCAAAGAAUGACUUCUGUAGAAUCCUGUCCCGCAACUCGGUAUUGGAUCCUCUGUCGUUAGUCCUGAGUCGGGUAUUGGACGAAGAAGGGGAGCUGGCGGAGACUGUCGAGGGUCGUAUUGCGAACAUCUUCUUCAUUUUCUCACAGGCCGAAAAUCAUGUAAAAGAGAUGGUUGCUGAGAGAACGGUCCUACACCGGGUACUUAAAGAACUAAAGCGCAUGACUCCUGCUCACCAGAUAACCAUGCUGAAGUUCAUCAAAAAUUUGUCUAUGUUAUCGACCACUCUGGAUUCCCUACAGAAUUCGAAUGCCAUCGAUGUGUUGACAGACUUGCUGAGGUCUACCAUUAAACGACCCCAUUUCCGAGAAGUUUCGAACCAGAUCCUAAAUACCAUCUACAAUAUGUGCCGCUUAAACAAGCCUCGACAGGAGGACGCCGCUCUGAAUGGCAUUGUUCCGCUGCUCCAAAAGAUAGUAAAGACCGAACGACCAUUGAAGGAAUUCGCACUACCAAUUCUCUGCGACAUGGCUCAUUCUGGCAAAGUUGGCCGCCGUGAGCUGUGGCGCAACAAGGGCCUGGCAUUCUAUAUAUCUUUACUUUCCGACCCAUAUUGGCAAGUGACUGCGCUAGACGCUAUCUUUACAUGGCUUCAAGAAGAGACAGCGAAGGUUGAGGAGCACCUCCUCGACAACCGACCCGAUAAACCCUCAUUUACAGAUUCCAUUGUUAGGUGUUUAACCAUAUCAAAGGCGAAUGCAUUUGAGAAUCUCCUUGAACCCCUCCAAAAACUUCUUAGACUGAGUCCCCCCAUUGCCUCGACGCUCGCGCGACCAGACCUGUUCAGCAGAAUAGGGCAGAAACUACACCAUAGUAAAGCAGCAGUGCGGUUGAAUUUACUCCGGAUAAUAUCCAGCAUCUGCGAUGCAAGCGAAGAGCAGGGUGGCCUUCUAGCCAAAUAUGGGUUGCUGGAUGCGAUCAGGGAGUUAGAGAACGAUCCUGCCAUUCUCGUCAGGGAUAUGGCUGGGAAAUUAAUUCAAUCCAACGAGAAAAGCGAAGCCUAUAGCCUGGGUAAACGCAAACCUGGCGUGCGACGGCGAAGUACGUCCACUACACCUCCCAGUCUAUUGGCAAACCAGUCUGCCCCGUCCACGCCACAGAUCAAUCGAGGUAGUCAGUCCAAAGGGUUCUUUGAAGGUCGGGAGAGCCAACGGCACCCUCGAAAUGCCCUGAGUGGCUCUGCCCUUGUGAUCCGACCUGGAAGUAGAGACGGGGUCAGUUCGGGCCUUACGGCAGGCUUGAAUGGGAACCCUGGUGUGUCAAGGAACAGGGUCCCGCGGGUGUCCAACAGGCUAUCUCAUGUCGACCUUCUGGCUGAAGAAGACGGUCGAAGGCCAAAUUCAGUAUCCCGUCGGCCGUCAAUCCUACCUCGACGUCGACAUACAACACAAACAGAUGCCGAGUGGACGCCAUGA